GAAAAAUGUCCCAAAAUAUACUUGGUCCUUCACGAGUCAUUUGAUUUCUUUGAUCAGUGGUUCGAUUUGGCAGUUUGUGACCAGUUCGGCUGAAAAAUGCCAACACAGAAGACGAUUUCCAGCUUUUUUAACACUUUGGGCACUAAAAGAACUGCAGACGAUGCUGGUGUAACGAAUGAUUCGCCGCAAAACAAGUCCUCGAAGACAGAUGAAACUUCGCCAAGUGCAAACUCGAGCUCUAAGCGACCAGUGUCGAAUCUUUCACCUGAGCAAAGAGCACGAAUGGAGGCCAAUCGAGAAGAAGCGCGAAAGAAAUUACUUGCCAGUAAAAGUCCCCAGUUCUUCGGAGCUUCCUGGAAAAAAGCUUUAGGGGCAGAAUUCAACAAGGAAUAUUUCGUGAAACUUAGCAAUUUUGUUAAGGAGGAAAGAUCCCGCAGGACGGUUUAUCCUUCAGAAAAGGAUGUGUUCAGUUGGACUCUCCAGUGUGAAAUUCAUGAGAUUAAAGUUGUCAUAAUUGGUCAAGAUCCCUAUCAUGGACCUAGACAGGCACAUGGACUUUGUUUCAGUGUGCCUCCUGGUGUGUCCAUACCACCAAGUUUGGUGAAUAUCUACAAGGAACUAACAAGUGACAUUGAUGGUUUUCAAGCACCUAAACAUGGAUAUCUCAUGGGUUGGGCAAAACAAGGUGUAUUGCUGUUAAAUGCUUGCCUGACAGUAGUGGCUUCACAAGCAAAUUCACACAAAGAUAAGGGAUGGGAAAAAUUUACUGAUGCUGUUAUAAGGUGGAUUAACACCAAUCUCAGUGGUGUGGUAUUCUUACUUUGGGGAUCAUAUGCUCAGAAGAAAGGAAGUUUCAUUGACAAGAAGAAGCACUGUGUGCUGAAGGCCGUCCAUCCUUCACCAUUGUCUGCCCACCGUGGCUUCCUAGGCUGUAAGCACUUUUCACAAGCCAAUGAGUAUUUAAAGAAAGCUGGAAAGAAACCUAUUGAUUGGUGCAAUCUUCCUGGUGAUGAAAAGGCAGCUUAAAUUGCUAUAAUUGACAUGUUCUGUCUUCAUUUACAUGUACAUUACCAAGAAGUUCCUGUUGUAUUAAAUUAUAGUUUAGUAUGGUAGUUAUCAAAAGUGACAAUCUGACUGCUUUGUCAGGACAUUUGUUUUCUGUUUGUGUAUGCUCCUCUUGGCAGCUUUUCAGAUUUAAUUUUAGCUUAAGGCCAUUGCUAAGAGGAGCAAAGUUUAGGGCUUGCUCCCAGUCUUACCAAUUUUAGCUACCAGAGAUAAAAAAUUAGUUUUGUACAUUGUGCUGCUAAAGUUUUAGCCUGUUUAUGGUGCUCAAUGUAAAUUAAGAGAAAAUUAAAUACAUGGGUGUAAUAAUAAAAUUGUCAGCUCUAAACAUGUAUUUCAUUUACUGUCAUAAAUAAUAUGAGACUUAUAUGAGAUGGAACAUUCUGACACUAUAUACUGGUGAGAGCCAAAACUUAUCACUCGUUCCAUCCCAGAUGGAAAGGCCUCAAGUUGCUUCUGUUCAAAUCCGUACAUCAGUCCCUCAAGUUUGGUCAAUAAAUGUUAUUAAUAAAAUAUUCUCUCAGCCAUUAUAUGCAUCUUAUAAAUCAAAAUCUAAUAGAAAUUAUUUAAACACUGUCUUUUCCACCUUGUUUGCACCCUUUUUGUAAACUGGCAGCUUGGCCAUCAUCCUCAUCACCAUCACCACAGUCCUUUCCUAUCACUGACAUAAAGAUAAAGAUUUUAGGCCUGAAUGGGAUUUGAAACCAUGUCACCCCUGCGAUUCCGUUGCAAUGCUGAGCUAUGAAGCCAGCCCCCAGUUGGCUUUAUAGCUCAGUUGCCAGACCACUGAACUGGUAUCACAGAGGUCAUGGGUUUGAAUCCCAUUCAAACCUCAAAUCUUUGCAAAACUCAGCUUCACCUAUAAAAUUUCAGUCCGAGGGUUGGAAGUGGUGAAUUGUCUUGGAAAGGGUGAAUUGUCUUGCCUAAGAACGCAAUGUUAUGUCCCCAGCCAGGGCUCGAACUCAGACCACGAUGGUGAAUUGUCUUGCCUUAGUACACCACGUAAUGUCCCUGGCCAGGGCUCAAACCUGGCGACAAGUGCACCAGCCAGUGGAGGGGGUGGGGGGCAGGGGG